AAAAUGAAUGCCGUUGUGGUAGGGUUAACGCUUUUCCUACUCCCGCUUCUGGGAUCGACUCAAUUUCUUGACAUGGCCUGUGGCAUUCGAGCUCAUAGUCCCAGUGUUCCACGGAUCAAGAAUGGAACUGUGGCCAGCUUGACUUCGAGUCCCUGGAUGGCUUUUCUCCACUCAACGGACGGAAGAUUCGUUUGUGGCGGGUCUUUGAUCACGAAUCGACUGGUAUUAACUGCCGCGCAUUGCUUCCUUGAUAGAACAGAGUUAAUAGCUCGACUGGGAGAGUAUGAUAGAGAGGAACUCGAGAUGUGUCACGAUAGUUACUGCACCUAUAGAAUAGAAGCUAUGGUGGAGAGAGGAUUCCGGCACCGACUUUACAAUCCAAUGACCAUGGCCUACGACAUAGCCAUUCUUCGUCUGUACAGGAAAGUGCAGUACACAGAUAACAUCAGGCCCAUCUGCAUUGUACUAGACCCCAGAUGGAGGAACUUCAUCGACUCCUUGGACCCUCUGACUGGCACUGGAUGGGGCAAGACGGAGUCUGAGGGAGACAGUGCCAAGCUCAGGACCGUCGACUUGGCUCGCAAACAUCCGGAGGUUUGCCGGAGGUAUGCCACCCUAUCCCUGACGGCCAACCAGUUUUGCGCUGGUAACGAGAGAAGCAAUCUGUGCAACGGCGAUUCCGGCGGUCCAGUGGGUGCAUUGAUCCCGUACGGAAAAUCGAAACGUUUUGUCCAAGUGGGAAUCGCUAGCUUCACGAACACUCAAUGCGUGAUGGUAAGCGUUUUCACGGAUGUUAUGAGCUAUGUCGACUGGAUCCUAGCGGUGCAUAACUACCACAAAUAACUACUUUCCUGGAAUGUGACUUAGGCUUAUUCUCCGAAAUGAUUUAUAGCUACUUAAUCAGAUUAAUAAUUUAAUACAAUGUUAGUUUGUAAGUGUUUUCAGUUUGAAUCGCAGCUCUAAAAUUGUCAUUCUACAAAAGCUUGUUUUACAUUUGCAUCAUACUUAAUGCAAGUCCCCCCAUUUUUGGCAAAAGCAAAACACUUUUCACGAUCAGUGGGCCAUAAAAAAGAAGUUUUCCAGGGAAUGCAUUACGCUAAUUAAUUCCUGAUAUAUGGCUGAGGAGCUGUGGCCAAAACGAGGCCACAAACCUGCAACUGGGCGUAAAAAAGAGACGCCGGCAAUAAAGGGGGAAAAAAUAACACAAAAAAUGGAGAUUCAUUUGCUCCAUUUUUUUUUUUUUGCAAAUGUACUGGAUUGUUCCUUCUGGAGCUCUCUGCAAAUUCGCAAUGGCAAUUAAAAUUUAGCAGGCUUUAAAGCUGCGCACCAGUGACAGAUGCCGCGGUAAAACUUUAAUGGCAAAAGGGGAAAAAUAUGAAAAAGCCAGCAGGAUGCGAGGAAAUGACGGCGGAGCUGGGGAAACAGCGAAAGUGAACAGUUGCCAGGGUCUGGGCGGUGUAUCCUGGCAAGGAUUCUGCAUCUUCAGCCUUAAGUUUUUUAUUCAUUUUUGAGC